AUGUCCUGGGGCCAGAUUGUUGGUGAGCUUCAGACAAUGCUCGUUCUCACACAGCAAGUGGAGCCAGUAGAAACAGACUCUGCUCUGUUGAAAAGUGAGCAGAUGGCGUCUCAUCGGGGCGAUGAUGAGCUUCACCAUGUCGUUGUUGAGCAAGAGGUCCAGAUCAGAGUUCAGGUGUUCGACAACAGUGACCUCUCACCUUUGGCCGGCGCCGCCAUAGAGGUUCAUGGGAACCGGUCUGUGUUAGCGUCCAGCCAGGCGGGCAGUGAUGGCGUGCUUAGGGUGACCUUCCUGUACCACCCGGGGACCUGGGUCAUCAUCUCAGCGUCCAAACACGACUAUGUCACCAACUCCGUCCCCUGGCACGCUAGCCGCAUCCCUCUGUAUGCAUCGGUCAGCUUGUACCUCCUAGUCCAGAGGCCAGGCACCCUCAUUCUCUAUGAUGACAUCAUCCAGGUGCUGCAUGGAUCCCCAGGUGCACGGAACCAGCCAUUGGUCCAGCUCCAGAGAAAGUCCCUUCAGCUGCCAGCUGAUUCCAACUACACAGCACUGUCGGCUGUGCUGACUACUGCCAGAAGCCAGUAUGAGAUCGGGGGCUUCCCUUACCUCCUGGGCCUGGAAACCAACAGCACAGGGGCAGAGACAGGAUGGACAGACUUAACAGCACUGGCGGUGGUCAGCGUUCAGCUCUUUGACCACGAUGGGACCGUCAUCCAGGUGUCUGACCCGGUUCACGUCUCCGUACCGCUGCCCUCGGAUACUCGCACCAGGAUCGCCACCAGCAUUCCCGCCUGGCUGUACCAGCCCAAGACGGGUCUGUGGGUCAGGAAUGGAACUGGCUACAUUAAAAAAGAGGGCACACAACUAAUCUGGAACGUGGUCGUUCCUCAGUUGGGGUAUUGGGUCGCAGCCUUCCCUUCAUCUGCAGGCGUGGGUCUGGGGGGUCACUCGGGCCUGAGGGACAUCACCACCUACCACACUCUGUUCCUGCUCUCCAUCCUGGGCUCGCUGGCACUGCUGGUGCUCAUCCUGCUCUGUGUGCUGCUCUACUACUGCAGACGGAAGUGUCUAAAACCACGGCGACAACAGGGCAAGCCACACACGGCUCUGAACAGCUCCAAGCGCGACCAGGGAACGUCCACUUCCCGCCUCAACCUCAUCUGUGGCGGCCAUGUUGAAUCCGGUCCAUCCAAUGACGCCAGCAAAUCUGACCCCUCCCCCUCACGAGACUACCAGAGCUCGCGAGAGGAGUUCGCCAAGCACGUCCCCGCCCACAAGCUGCGACAUUCGAAGGCGAAAGGAGCCUCGGGACCCCAGAGGGGUGAGAGCUUCCCUUUGAAGGUGACCCGCGCCACAGACACCAACAAUCUCGACAACCCCCUGCUACUGCAAGAAGACUACUCACGGAACUACAGCCCCAUCAUGGAGGAUGACAAGGACUCGGAUUACCACAUACGCUGCCACACCGCCAACGACAAUCGCGGCUACACCUCAGACGGGGGCUCCCCACCUCGUUUCCUGUCGGACAAGUCAGACAAGCCUCCCGAAUACUCUGCGGCCGCCGCCGACCACCUGGCCCGCCCGACAUCGCUCAACACGCAACCGGGCCAGAUCAUCUUCUGCCACUCCAUGGACCAGAUGAAGGAAAACAUGUACCGAAGCAUGGUGCCCACCUUGGUCAUACCGGCCCACUACAUGCGUAUGUCCUCAGACUUCUCCGGGAAGGAGCAGCAGCAGGAUAAGGAAGGGGGAAUGCAGAUGGGUGCCGGUCAGUCACACCAUCCCCAGCAACAGAGCCAGCACCAGCAGCAGGGCGGCUCCCAAGGGGAUGACUCGGAGGGUCAAAACUGGAACUCGGACCCAUCCCAGGGCCCUGUGCGGAUCCCUGUGCUCUUUAACGACUCCACCAUGGCACAGAUGAAUGGCGAGCUGCAGGGGCUGACUGAGAAGAAGCUCCUGGAGCUGGGCAUUAAGCAGCACCCACGCGCCUGGUUCAUCUCAAUGGACGGCCGCGCCAACCACGUGCGCCAUUCUUACAUCGACGUGAGCAACGACCUCAGCAGCGGCGGAAUUGGAGGGGGAGGUGGUGGCCCCAGCUGCAGCACAAUCCGAGAAGCCAACCUCGAAGGACCCAUGGACGGCACCCAAGACCGCAAGGCUGCGGCAAUCCGUAAGGGUAAGGACGAACGGUGGGGAACUGGUGGACGGAAGGGUGGUGGCAGUAAGGGCAUGUCCAAGCUGGCAUACCAGGAGCACAGCGAGCCCAGCAGCAGCGAGGGCCGCCCGGUGUCGCCCGAGGAGAACUCCCUUACCCCACUGCUGGACGAGGGGCCCUCGUCGCGGGGCUCCACCAUCCCCCGGAGGGGCCGCAGCCGCAUGAACAGCGCGCGCAGCAGCAACAGUGAGAACCGUCGUGACUCCAUGACUAGCCCAGAGGACGACCCGGACAGCAAGGACGAGAACAAGAAGAGCCCGUGGCAGAAGAUUGAAGACCGGCCUCUCAUGGUGUUUCCCCCUAAAAAGUUGUAG